AUGGAUCACUUCCCCCUCUUCGGCCAUAUUUUGAAACAGUACAUCCCGAUCAGGCUCCGGCAUGAGAUCCCCUACGAUGGUGGAGGCUUCCACGGGUUUGAGGAACGCGCAGGCUUCGACUCCAGAGAAAUCUCGGAAGGCCUCUUCGUCGGAGACCAUUCGUUACUCAAGCGGCUGCCGUCUGUGUAUGCCUCCCUCAUCCAGUCCUGGUUCUACUGGGGUUUGUUGCACGAAUGCCUUCAGCGGGCAAUAGACAUCGAGGAUUACUGUGAGCAGAGACCCGAUGACUGUCCUGUGCUGACGACGAGAUCUCUGGAGCGCGAUUUGGUCGAUUGUGCAAACAAGCUGCAGGCCACUGGUCCAGUCAGUGCUGCCACGCAUAUCAACAAUGCAGAGGACGCUCUCGCGAGGACUUCCUUCCUUCUCAGACUGCUGUCGGGCCGCAUUGAGAAGGCCGCUAGGAACCCUAAGGACGAGAGAGCACAAUUCUGGGCAGCGCAUGGCCGCGAAUUUCUCCCUCACGAUCUCGAGCUUUCCCUGUGCUGCCUUGGAUACACGCUGACGCAUGCCAUGGGCGCCAUUUCUGCGGAGCUGAGUCUGUCUGCGUCUGAAAAUCAUGCACGCGCCGGUGGACAUUGGUACACGCCUCCUUUCCUGCUCCGGCUUGCGGAGAAUCUGGGAUUUUGUAAGAGUGACACCCAGCAUUUCGAGGGCAUUCAUGGCUUCGUUACCGCGUGUAUGGCAGUCGCACUUCCUACCAUCAACAAGAGAGGCAACCAUUCGGAUUGCACGCCGGAACGGUGUGAGGCCGAUAACAUCAAGCCUGAAGAGUAUGAGCAGAAACACGUCCAGCAUGGCUGUACAUGCUCGCAGGUGAUGCCACACGAAGCAUGGGAUGUCAUGCUUAAGAUCAUCGAACAGGACGGGAUACCUCUUGUGAGAGUCAAGCCUCGGUCUCACAGCAUCGGCGGCCACAUCGACUUCGAAGUCGUGCGAGCGGGCCCCGAUACCCGCUAUCUAGCUUACAGCCACGUUUGGGCCGAUGGUCGUGGAAACGUGUCGGGCAACGAGCUAUAUGAAUGCCAAUGGCGCUGGCUCCAAGAAUGCGCACAACAGUACGAAGAAAGGGAUUUGGACAUCUGCACCGCGCCUGGCGAGAACCUACUGUUGUUUUGGAUCGACACUUUCUGCGUGCCGCGAGGUUCUGACGAUCGGAUGUGGCAGCUGCGCACCAAGGCUAUCCUGUCCAUGUCAGAGAUCUAUCGGAGGGCAGAGGUGGUGCUGGUUCUGGACUCUGCUCUCGAGAAUGCCGACAUCCCGUCGGUGCUCGAGUUCGGGAUGCAAUUGAAGUUCUGCGGCUGGUCUCGCCGGGUGUGGACGUUGCACGAAGGGGCAGUUGCGCAAAACUUGAUGAUCAAAUCCGGUAGGGGCCUCGUCAGUCUGGCACUGCUCAAUUACCAGAUGGCGAGAGCGAAGUAUCCCUGCAGAGAGGGAACCGAAUGGCGGAUCUGCGCGGGCAUGGAAAAGCACUACAUCCACGCAGUGCUUCAGAAUUGCCUGAUGAUCAACAGAGUUUCGUCCUCGGAGAAGGUGACCUUUUUCAAUACUCGGAGAGAGUUGCAAAACCGCGCCACGUCCUAUCCCAGCGAUCGAUAUCUGGUCAUGGGAAUCAUCAACCAAGCAAGCAAAGAGACGCUGUUGGCUCUCCAGAGAAGGGAUCAGGAUAACCGAAAUGCCGAGGAGGUCGGGCUGGCCAAGCUGAAAUUGAUCCUGCUGUCUGCGCCGACGAUCCCUCAAAGCGUGAUCUUUUCGAAAGAUGCGAGAUUUCCGGAAUUCGGCAUGCAGUGGGCUCCCGCGACGAUAGGCGGCGAUAUUCCCGUGGACGAGAGUGAGGUUCCAGUUCGAAGAAUUCCCGACAAGGGCGCGAUCGUCAGAUAUAAAGGGUGGCGCAUCACCAGCUCAACUCACCAACUAGACACCACGGCCUCUUUCAUCUCAGUCAAGUUGGACCAGGCCCGCCAGUAUCAGAACCGAUACAAGCUUGCCAUCUGGCCGGUCGACAAGAACCGGAAGAACUUUGCUACUCUCGUAGCGUCCAUAAGCACAGAUGCAAGACUGGCGGUUAUUCUCAGUGUUGUUCCGAGGCCGAAUGACACGGCCGUCAAUUUCAAGAUCGCGCUCCUUGUCGAAGAGAUUGGAAGUCUAGGAGGCGAAUGUGUGCCGGACGUCGAGGUAGAUAGUAUUGUCCAUGUCAGGUACCUAACGCCCCUCAGGGUGUACGCAAUGCAUGAUAACAGCAAUGUCAUGCAGGAGAUCGAAGCGGAGUGGCUCAAUCAAGGGAUAGAUAUGUUAUGGUGUGUUGGGUAA